AUGCACCCAGCUGCCAACCGUUUGCUCGGCUUUUCGAAUCACAUUUGCAGGACUACGAGGAGCCCAAUAGCGGGUGCGGCGUUCACGACGAGCAGCAAGCAACGUUUAGCGCAAUUCUCAUCCAUGCCGAGCCUUCCGAGUUCUUCACCAUCACCGUCGACGGCGCCACCUCCGAGUGUCUCAGCCUCGGACUCGGGGCCGCUGAACAACGUUCAGGCUAACUUUGACGUCUCACCAAUGCCACAGAACCCUUUGGGCGAGGGGCGGUAUAUCCGGACGGCGGCUGCGUUGAUAAUUGGAGACGAAAUAUUAAAUGGCAAGACGCACGACAAGAACUCAAACUAUUUCGCCCGCUAUUGUUUUGAGCAGGGGAUCGAGUUGAAGCGGAUAGAAGUCAUCGCAGAUGAUGAGGCAGAAAUCAUUGAAGCAUCGCGGCGAAUGGUACGGAAUUACGACUUCGUUAUAACGAGCGGCGGAAUAGGUCCUACACACGACGACAUAACAUACGCAUCUCUCGCAAAAGCAUUCGACCAACCCCUCGCCCAUCACCCAGAAUGCCUCCGCCGAAUGGACGAAAUGAUCAGACACCGCCCGUGGGUCGCCACUCAGAACGAGGAGCAGCGCGAGGCAACGAGGCGAAUGGCGCUCUUCCCCUCCCAAGCGGAAGUGCUGUUCAUCGCUAAAGAUGUCUGGGUGCCUGUUGUACGGUUGGAGGGGAAACUGUGUAUCUUUCCAGGAAUACCGGCUCUAUUCCAGAAGAUGAUAAACGGGCUGACACCUUUCCUCCCCCUGCCUCCCCUUUCCGAAAAGCCUUUACGCAUGCAGAUCUUUACCUCACGUCCUGAAUCACUCAUUGCACCGUACCUGACUGCACUCCAAGCGCGAAUGAAAGCUCACGGAAUCCAGGUUGGCUCGUACCCGGUCCUUGCACAAGGCGUAUACGUGUCGUUGAUCGGCCGGGAUCGCGACAAGGUGCAGGACAUAGCUAAGGAAGUAGAGACAGAGGUCGGAGGGAAAAUCGUGACCGAGGAGGAGGUUAAGCGACGCAAGGAUGAUAGUAAGCAGCAAGCUAAGAUAUAA